AUGAAGUGGCAUAUAAUCGCUGCAGUUUUACUCACAGCAGCUUUCAUCCCUAAAGAAAUUCUGGCUAAGCCAUCAAAAGCUAGAUAUCGAAGUAAAGGAAUUUCUAAAAGCUCAAAGCUUAAGAACAAUCCAGCGAAUCGUCGCCCUACAAGUACCUCAGUGACAUCCUACAAUCCUCGAACUUCAAUAUUCAGACCAAUUCCAUCAGCAGGACCAUCUCUUCCUCCACCACCUCCACCAUCACCUUCUUCUCACUUUGGAAGACUCCGAUUAUCAUCCGGUUCUCAACCAACACGAUCGAGAACACCAUCACCGCAAUCAAGCAGCCCUUCGAAGUCAACCGCAUCCGGAGGAUCAAGGAACACGUAUCGUUACCAAAAUCCAUAUGUUCCAACAGCGACAAACCCACUCCUAGCUGUGCAGCCUGGUAUUGCUCACCUACCUAUAACUUCGGGUACAGCUUCUGGAGUUAGUUUGGUAACUCGGAGGCGCCAUGUUAAGGCACGGACAUCGCUUCAGCAGCUGGGGACUAUUUCAAGGAAUUCACGAUCUCAAACUCGAAGUAUCAAUCCACCACCUCUAGUUCGUAGUCCGUCACAGAAUCCACCACCUCUACCUUCGUAUCAGUUCCCUUCACUGUAUCCAGUUCGUCCACCACGAACUAGAACUACCAAACCACCAGCUAAAGUUGCCAAUUCUGUACCAGGACCUUCAGAGUCUCGACCAACAUCUAUAACUGCUCUCGUUCAAGCAGGAGCUGCUCCAGCACCAGGAUCCCGAGCAGCCCAAAAAGCGGCAAAGACGAGUAAUAUGAAACCCGGAAUCAGCAAAAGCGAAACUAAGGAACAAGCUACGCCUCAGCAGAUCAAUGCCAAUAUUGGAACUUGCAAGGAUAAAAAUGCUUCAGCUGAUAAGUGCUUCGACAUAUUAAUUCUUGCACUCUCUUGGGGCCCUGCGACGAAAGCCUUGCGAUAUGCCAUUGAGUCUCCGAUUAAUAGAGCAGAGUGGAGCAUUCAUGGAUUUUGGCCUUCAUCGAAAAACAACGGACGUGUUCCAUUCAGCUGCGAUUUGAAAAAAAAAUUCUAUGAUCACGAACAAAUCUUACCUAUAAAGGACCUUCUGAAAGAAAACUGGCUUUCACUUAACGGGUUUUCUAGGAGCAACCGAGAAUUUUGGGAGCAUGAAUGGAUAAAACAUGGCACAUGUGCUUCAAGGUUGCCUGCAAUGAAAAAUGUUAGACUAUACUUUGAAAAGACCUUGGAAAUUUUUUAUAAAGCCAAUGUUUACGCUAAACUUACUGCUGGAGGCUUCAGGCCUAGGACAGUGAUGACCCAAAAAGAUAUGCGAGAUAAAAUCUCAAUGAUUUUAAAGCAGAGGGUUAAUAUCGCGAUUCAAUAUCACCCAAGAACAAGCGAGAUGUGGCUGAGCGAAAUAAGGCUUUGCUACGACCUCCACUUCAAUGCUGUAGAUUGUCCACCAAAUCGCGCGUCGCAGAUGGCUGAUAAGGAGAACUUAAUGAUAAUUUAUUCUUUAUAAGUUUUUCUUUAACUAAAUGAACUUUCAAGAGAAUAAAAGAAAAUUCGAAAAAGCUUAA